CUUGGCCAAAUUCCACGCUCUAGCUUUUGUUCCUUCUUUCACUCUGUUACUCUCCUAGUCGGAGCUUCAACUUCGCGCUACGACGCCGUUUGGAAGCAACCAACCAACCAAAUGGCUCUGAAAUCGUUCAUCGAGGUCCACCCGGACUCUCACUUCCCCAUCCAGAACCUCCCGUACGGUGUGUUCAGGCCCGUACCGGGUUCGGCUGCUCGACCGGGCGUGGCGAUCGGGGACUACGUGCUGGACCUCUCGGAAGUCGCCUCAGCGGGGCUCUUCGACGGUCCGAUCCUGAAGAACUCCGAUUGCUUCUCUCAGCUUAAUUUAAACAAGUUCGUGGCUAUGGGACGAUCUGCUUGGAAAGAAGCUCGUGCUACGCUUCAAAGACUAUUGUCAUCUACUGAACCAGCUUUGCGUGAUAAUGCAGCUUUAAGGCAGAAAUCACUCGUGCCUAUGAACAAGGUAGAAAUGCUUGUUCCUGUUGCAGUAGGGGAUUACACAGACUUCUUUUCGUCCAUGCACCACGCAAAGAAUUGUGGGACCAUAUUUCGUGGACCAGAGAACCCAAUUCCAGCAAACUGGUUCCACAUUCCCAUUGCUUACCAUGGACGAGCAUCAUCUAUUGUUAUUUCUGGAACAGACAUCAUUCGACCAAGAGGUCAAGGUCACCCGACUGGCAAGACUCCAUAUUUUGGACCUUCAGUGAAGCUAGACUUUGAGCUCGAAAUGGCUGCUAUUGUUGGUCCUGGCAACGAAUUAGGAAAACCUGUGGAUGUUAAUGAGGCAGCAGAUCAUAUAUUUGGACUUGUGUUGAUGAACGACUGGAGUGCUAGAGAUAUUCAGGCGUGGGAAUAUGUGCCUCUCGGUCCUUUUCUUGGGAAGAGUUUUGGUACUACUGUAUCCCCUUGGAUUGUAACACUAGAUGCUCUUGAACCUUUUGCUUGUGAUGCGCCCAAACAGGAACCUCCUCCAUUGCCAUAUCUGGCCGAAAAGAUAUCCAAGAACUAUGACAUUGCUUUGGAGGUAGUAUUUAGCUGCUUUUUGUAUGUAUAUCAUCCGAUGGUUUUUCGAUCUCUUCAUAAGGGGAUUGCCAAGGCCAAAGUUUCUUGGGCUGAGGUUUGUUUCCCUAAGAAGGAGGGUGGUUUGAGGUUGAAGAGGCUUGAUGUUUGGAAUCAGACAUCCAUGCUUAGGCAUGUUUGGAGUCUUUUUGCUAGAUCUGGUUCCAUUUGGGUGGCUUGGGUGAAGGAGAAUUUGUUGAAAAGAAAAAGUUUUUGGAGUGUUAGAAUUCCUCAAAAUUGUUCUUGGAAUUGGAAAAAGAUUAUGAAAUUGAGGGAUAUUACCAAAAGAUUCUCGAGGUUUGAGGUGGGAAAUGGGGAACACAUUCAUCUUUGGUUGGAUUGGUGGCAUCCUGUUGGAAUUUUGCUUGAGCAAUUUGGUUAUAGGGCUGUUUAUGAUGCCCAAAGCAGUUUGGAAGCUAAACUUGCAUCUGUUAUUCAAAAUUGUAAUUGGGCUUGGAGACCAGCUAGAUCAGAAGCAUUAGUUGAGAUUCAAGCUAGAUCAUUUGAAGUUGGUUUGGGAUCUUGUGAUAAGCCGAUUUUGGAUGCUUCAAGGAAAAAAGUUUAUGUUUGCUCAGAAACUUAG